AAUUUCAAUUUAUCGUGUACGUUUGCUGACGGUCGUCAAUAAAAAUAAUUUGGUUUGUGGCAUGAAAAUAUUUUAAAUAAUUUUUUGGUUUUAAAUUGUUUGAACCGUUUGAAACAUGGCUAAUUAGUUAUUAAAAAGUCACCAAAUCUAGCUACAGUUGCGGUCGACAUACAUAAAUAUACAUAAAUCUUCUUAAAAUGGGUUCGUCGGUCGAAGUAGAGAAGAAAUAUGUUGGCAACACCAGAGCUAGACGAAAUGCUAAUGACUUCAUGUUUGGAAAACUAAUAGGAGAAGGCAGCUUCAGCGUAGUUUAUUUAGCUAAGGAUAUACAUACGUCUAAAGAAUGGGCAGUGAAAGUCUGCGAAAAACAACAAAUUAUUCGCGAACGUAAACAAGAAUAUGUGAAACGUGAACGAGAAGCACUUAACAGAUUGAGCGGUUUACCCGGCUUUCUAAACUUGUUUUGCACGUUUCAAGAUCCGUCGAAGUUAUAUUUUGUAAUGACUUAUGCAAAAAACGGAACUUUAUUACAAUUAAUGGAGAGAGUUAAAAAGCUCGACUUAGAAUGUGUACGAUUUUAUUCAGCGCAAAUUUUGAAUGCAAUCGAACAGAUGCAUGCUCAUAAUAUUAUACACAGAGAUCUUAAACCGGAAAAUAUACUAUUAGAUGAUAAAUUUAACAUAAUGAUCGCAGAUUUUGGAUCGUCACGCAUAGAUGAUACAAAAAGAGAUAAUAUAAGUAGCGAUGAGAAAGAGGAUAGUGCGUGUGAAUCUGAUGAGCGAUCCGCGCCGACGCAUCGAAAACGCAGAAGCUUCGUUGGAACGGCGCAAUAUGUUUCUCCUGAAAUUCUCAAAGGAAGGGACUCAACAAAUGCGUCAGACAUAUGGUCAUUUGGUUGCAUUUUGUAUCAAAUGAUUGCGGGUUUUCCACCCUUCCAAGGUCCGAAUGAUUAUUUGAUAUUUCAAAAAAUAACGAAAUUAGAAUUGACGUUUCCAAACGAAUUCGAUCAUAUCGCUGCAGAUUUAAUCGAGAAACUUCUCGUAUUGAAUCCUCAGAAAAGAUUAGGCGUGAAGGACAAAUCGCAUUACGAUAGUAUACGAAGCCACACAUUCUUGGAAGAUAUAGACUUUGUAACAAUACGGAAAAUGAGUCCACCCUUUUUAAUCUCUGCUCUACUAAGUGGUGAAUGUACCAAAGAAGAUCCUACAGUAGAAAUAUAUGAUUUUCCGGAUAACAUAAAGCCUGGAUUAGAUAAUGAACAAAUCACCAGGUUGCUCGGACAAGAUUGGUUGAAAAUUGGAGCACCUUCGACGGAGAUUAAUUCAUCAUCAGUGGAUAUGGUUUUGAAAAUUCCUGCCAAUGAUGAAGAGAAAAACACAAUACUAGAAGAACAAAAAUCCGAUAUGUGGCAUCCAUUUGCCGAGGGAGAACUGAUUCUUAAGAAAGGUUUUGUAAACAAAAGAAAAGGAGCCCUCUACGUACCGAGAAAACGAAUGUUGCUGCUUACUACAGGCCCUAAGCUUAUAUACAUCGAUCCAGUGCAGAUGGUCAAGAAAGGCGAAAUACCAUGGAGCGAUCAGUUGCGUGCAGAAGCUAAAAAUUUCAAAAUGUUUUUUGUACACACGCCGCAUCGAACUUAUUACUUAGAGGAUUCUCAAGGAUAUGCGCUUAAAUGGUGUCAAGCAAUACAAGAAAUGUAUGAUCAAGUUUAUAAAAUAUAAAUUUAAAUACUAAUACGUCACUUCAAUUGUAGCAUAAUUAUAAUAUAUAAAACUAAUUUAAUCAAA